AUGGAUCCUCUAGAGAUAAGAGAGAGAAUCGAUCGCUUUCGAAUCCUCGUGAUAGGAAGAGCCAAUGCAGGAAAAACUACCAUUUUACAGAGAGUUUGUAACACACAGGAGAAUCCAGAAAUAUAUAAUAGCACAGGGAAAAAGGUAGGCAUCACGAUGCUAAUAGGAGGAUGUAAAUGGCAAUCUGAACUGACGCAUUCUCAGCGUGGAUUGCAUAACAUCGAAAACGAAAUGGUGUUUAAAAGCAACCCGGGUUUCAUCUUUCACGAUUCUCGCGGGUUUGAAGCAGGCGGCGAAUCUGAAUUCAACAAGGUCAAGGUUUUCAUCGCAGACCGCUCUAAGGAAAUCAAAUUAAAAGAUCAACUCCACGCUAUCUGGUAUUGCAUCCCAAUGGACGAGGCAUGUAGAUCGUUCACCUCAGGCGAAGUCAAAUUUUUCUCUCAAUGCGAUACUGGAAGCAUUCCAGUGAUAGUACUGUUCACAAAAUUUGAUGCCCUCUACGAUGACGCAUAUGCCCAGCUGAAAUCGAAGGGAGCAUCGAUGAAGGAUGCUGCCGAACUAGCGCCGAAGCACGCCGAAGAGUCAUUUGCGAUUGGGUCACAAUUGAAGUUUCUAUACCACUCCAAGGAGAUUCGGCACCCUCCAAAAUGUCACAUAUGCCUCCCUAACAUGGACAGGGACGAUGCAGAUUGCGGGCCACUCAUCGAACGAACGGCGGGAACCCUGGAUAAUGAAGUACUUAAGCAAAUAUUUGUCUCGACUCAGCAGAGCAACUUGGAACUCUGCAUGAAAUAUGCAGUUGAGAAGUAA